GCCUCCACACAGAAGCAAAAUGGCCGAUAGCAAACUAACCGAUCACACAGCGUCUGACAGUCAUCAAGGGGUUAUGCAUGUUUUGUUUACAGCGUGAGAACUACAGUCGCUCACAAAAAGGAAUACUCGCCUUUUCCUCGUUUUUUUUCUACGAUUAUCCUUUCGGUGAUGUCAUUUCUUAUUCAAUUUAGCCUUGAACGCCUCGAAGAACUAGCUCGCUAGGCUAGCUACCUUUGCUAGCCUGCUAGCGGUGGGUCUGCAAGAAUUUUUGCACAGAAGCACUUUAUGUCCUAUGUGAUUCCCGAGACAGGAGAAUCAGGAAAGGGAACAGUAGUUCAUGGAAGACAAGAAAAAGAAAAAAGAAGAUAAAAAGAAAAGGGAAACCUCUCAGAAGGUGCCAGAACAGAAAAUCAAAGUGCCAGAAUCAGCCAAACCCUCCUGUUCCCAGGCUCUAGCCACCCCAGGCUCAGUGUCCCCCAGCCCUGGCCCUGUUGCCCCCUCGUCUCCCAGUCCUGGUGCAGCCGGGGUUUCUGCACAAGUUCCUCCUGGUGGCGGGAACAAUGCAAAGCAGCGGACUGCUGUGGCCAACGGACAGCCCACCUCCUCCCCCUCUGGAAGCCAGACCUCCCAACAGCAGCGAUACAUGUCCAGAGAGGUUCCGCCGAGAUUUCGCUGCCAGCAGGACCAUAAAGUGCUACUGAAGAGGGGCCAGCCGCCGCUGUCCUCCAUGCUACUGGGGGGAGGCGCAGGGGACGGGGGUGUUGGAGGAGGCAGUGGCUGGGCAGGCGCCCCAUCGCUCUCCUCCCAGGGAGCCGAUGCAAACAUAGCUGGAGGCGCAGAUUCCAACCUGGGUUCAUCCUCCACUUCACCCCCCAGCUCAUCCUCAUCAUGCGUCGCUGCUCUGUCGUCUUCUUCUAAUACUACUACUACUUCAACUUAUGCAAAUUCCACUUGGGGGGCGGGCUCGGGCAGCCAGUCCUCUUCUCAGGGCUGCGGGAAGGUAAUAGUGGACAGGACGGACCUGGGGGAUUGGCCUAGCAUCCUAGGAGGGGCCAACUCGAGUUCUGAUGGGGCCAGAGGAGGAGGUGAUGAGCAGGAGCAAGACUGCCCUGGAAACAACAACAACAGUAGUGCCUCAUGGAGUGAGAGAAACAUCCAGCAGAAGGGAGCAGCAGCAGCAGCAGGAGGAGGAGUAGGGAACAUGGACAAUCCUUCCUCGCCUUGUUCUUCUCCUCUUUCCCCCUCUUCUUCCUCGCUUAAUGAAUGUGUUCAGUCGAGUGGCGGCGCGUGGAGCUCUUCCUCCUCCUCUCAGGCGGAGACGGGGCUCGGGUCGGCAGCGUUUUACAAUUCCAAAGUCUCCCAUAUUCUUCCCGGGCCUCAGGAGAGCCCCGCAGGUGGCAGCAGCGGUGGCAGCAGCAGCGGCAACAGCGGCGUCCCUGGUGCCAAUUUCAACCCCAACGUGAACCCCUCCGCCUGGCCCGCCCUGGCGACAGGUGGGACGUCGCCUCCAGCUGGCGACGGACUUCCACUACACUCGUCCAUUACUCCGGCUUCCUCGUUCUCUGCCAGCACCGCACUCAUCACCACUCACCCUCUUUCAUCUGUGAAUCAGCCUAGCGUCCAUCAGACACAGACAGCUGUAGGUGGAGCUCAGCAGCACUUAGGAAACCUCGGGCCGGAGUCGGGUUCAAGAGGACCAAAUCAAGAAGGCGGCGGCGAAGAGCGGGACUGCGGAGGGGCAGAAGGAGAAGGAAGUGUCUGCGCUUUGUCUUCCUCCUCUGCCGCCUCUUCCUCUUGGAGAUCCAUGCCUCCGGUGUCCUCUGACCCGAGUGCAGGUGGGAGCUCGCAGGCAGACGGGUGGGGUGGAGCAGGAAGUGGAGGUGGAGCAGGAAGUGGAGGAGGAAGUGGAGCUCAGGGGCAGGACGGGAGUGUGUGGGGCUUUGGAAGCCAGGGUGACAAGGGAGGGUGGGGCAGGGGAAACGAUGGUAGCUCAAAUACCACAGCGGUAUCUCAGGGAGCGUGGGAAGGAGGCAGUUCAGAAGGGGAGUGGGGGGGCACGGCGGGAGGUGUACGUUCGAGCAACUUAGCAAUAGGAAGAGGAGGAGACGGGAGCAGCAACAGCAGCAGCAGUGGAGGCAGCGGCGGCGGCGCUUUGAAGGACUCCACCUCACCAAAGUCGGCAACUAUGACAAAAGCUUGGGACAAUCAGAAAGGGAUGGAAAGUGGGGAUGGGGAGUGGGGGGGAGGGCAGGUGGGAGACCCGGCAGUUGGGGCGCCUUCAUCCUCUAGCGGAGGAGGGUCCACAGCUGGAAGUGGUGGAGGAGGGAGCGACAGCGGACAUAAACAAGAGCAAGCCUCGUCCGAACAGCCGUCCUCCGAGAGAACCUCUAAUGCUGACGUGGCCUUACAGUGCAUGCUCAAUCGAUCUGACCUGGACCCCCGGAUUCUUUCCAACACCGGGUGGGGGCAAACCCAGAUCAAACAGAAUGUGGCCUGGGACCUGGACCCCGCGACGGGACAAAGAAGCAGAAACGAAAGAAGCUCUUCAUCUUCCUCCGCAUUCUCAUCGUCCACCAUGAACACCACCACUAGUCGCAGCCAACCGUCUAACACCAGUUCAAUAACUAACGAUCCAUCCAGCUCCGGAGCGAGGGACGGCUGGGAGGGGGGGGCUCCACAGACCACCUCCGGUCCUCACAUGGGUGGUAGCUCUGCGAGGAAGCCAGCAGCGCCAGAAGAAGCUGGAGGAUGGGGUGAGCCCCCACCUGAGAGCCAGGGCAAAGGUUGGGGGACUGAAGAGAAGAAGUGGGGUGAUCACAGAGGAGGAGAAGGACGAGGAGGAGGAGGAGGAGGAGAAGGACGAGGAGGAGGAGGAGAAGGACGAGGAGGAGGAGAAGGACGAGGAGGAGGAGAAGGACGAGGAGGAGGAGGAGAAGGACGAAGAGGAGGAGAAGGAGAAGGACGAAGAGGACGAGGAGGAGGAGGGAACUGGAGAGACUAUGGAGAACAGGGUACAGGGUGGACAGACGGUCCAGAGGAUAAAGGGACCUCAGGAUGGAAGGGCAGUGGAAGAGGAGAAGCCGGUGGUUGGGGAGGAGACCGGGGACAGAGGGACUCCAUACCUGGAGGUGGAGAUGGACGAAGCAGAGGAGGAAACCACUCUGACGAGAAGGGAUCUUCCUGGGGUCAUUCAGAUGAUUCUCAGGGGGGAGGAUGGGGAGGAGGGGGAGAUGUGGGUGGAGGCAAAUCUCACCAGGACUGGGGGAGUUCCAAGGCCCACGCAGCAGCAGCAGCAGCAGCAGCAGCAGCAGCAGCAGCAGCAGCACAGAUACCAAACAGCCAAGUGGCACCAAUGAAAGCCCCAAAUCAACAGCAGCACCAAUCACAGGGCCCGCCGCCACAAGGAGGUCCCGCUCACGGAGGUCCCGCUCACGGAGGUCCCGCUCAAGGAGGUCCCGCUCAAGGAGGUCCCGCUCAAGGAGGUCCCGCUCAAGGAGGUCCCGCUCCCGCUCAAGGAGGUCCCGCUCAAGGAGGUCCCGCUCAAGGAGGUCCCGCUCAAGGAGGUCCCGCUCACGGAGGUCCCGCUCAAGGAGGUCCCGCUCAAGGAGGGUGGAACAGCCGGUCCAACGUCGGGGGUGGAGCUCCACCUCCCAAGAAUCAGAACCAAAGUUCGGGCUGGACAUCCGGCCCGAUUCCCGAAGUCCCCGGAGCCGCGGUGGACUCCCUGGAGCCCAGCGGCUGGGAAGAGCCCUCCCCUCAGUCAAUCAGCCGCAAGAUGGAGAUCGACGACGGCACGUCAGCCUGGGGAGACCCGACCCGCUACAAAAGCAAGAAUGUGAAUCUGUGGGACAAAAAGAAUGCUACGCCUGGUCAGCAGGCCCCCCCGCCAUCCAUCCAACAACAACAACAACAACAACAACAACAACCACCACCACAACAACAACAACCACCACAACCCAGAAGGCAGCAGGGGAUGCAGCACAGCAGGGACGUAAACCCUGGCAAUACUGCAGCAGGUCCAGGCAUGUGGGGAGGAGGUUCACAGUCUGCGGAUAACGGUGCGAAUACCUGGGGUCAGUCGUCGGAUGCAUCGUCGGGCUGGGGGGAACCAGAGGAACCCAGCAAAUCUUCUGGCUGGGGGAACCCUUCACCUAACCCUGGCAAACCCGGCAACAAGUCCAUGGAGGGCUGGGGAGGGAAGGGAGAGAGCUCUGUUGCGGCUUCCCGUCACCCCAGCUGGGACGAGGAGGACGAUGGAGGGGGAGGAGUCUGGAACAGCAGCGGCUCCCAAGGGAACAACUCCUCCUAUAACUCUGGAGGCUGGGGUCAGAGUCACGGAGGAAAGAGGGGCAACAUGAAGAGCGGAGGAGGAGACAGCUGGAUGAACCCAGUGUCACGUCAGUUUUCAAACAUGGGUCUUAUGGGUGAUGACCCAAGUCUGGACAAAAAGAUGGAAGGAGACAAGAGAGGAAUGACUGAUUACAACGGAGAGAUGCGGAGGGGAGGAAGAGGAGGAGGAGGCUACCGCAUGCCUAGUUCCAAAGACAUGGGUCCCGUUGACAUGGGGCCCUAUGGUGAAAAGAUGGGUGGCCAUGGGGGAUAUGUCGGCAGCGGCGGGGGGAUGCCUCCACCUCGAGGGAUGCACCAGCCUGGCAUGCAUCCCAUGAACCCCUCCCAGGGUUUACGUGCUCAAGUGCCUCAUCAGUACCUGUCUGCUCAGGUGCCGGGUCCCAUGCUGAAGCAGAUGCCCUCUCCUGGUGGCAGCGUGGGCGGAGUGGUUGGAGGAGUAGGAGGGGUCGGAGGCGUGGGAAGUGUCGGAGGGGUCGGCGGUGUUGGCGGAGGAGGGUUCCCUCCUCAGAUUUCCCCGCAGCAGCUAGCAAUGCUCGGCAACAUUUACCCCCACAUGCAGCAGUUCCAUCUGGCUUGUCAGCUCCUGCUCCAACAGCAGCAGCAGCAGCAGCAGCAGCAGCUCCUGCAGAACCAGAGGAAGUUCCCCCAGCCCCAGCCUCAGCCUCUCCGGCAGCAGCCUGACCCCCAGCAGCUGGCCAAGAUCAUGGCUAUUUUGCAGCAGCAGAGACAGCAUCAGCAGGGUGGAGUCGGAGGAGCAGCUCCAGGAGGAGGAAGCUCCAAACUGUCCCCCUCUCACCUGGGAGGAGGCCUAUCCAAACAACCCAUGGUAGACCCCCUUGCUCACCCUGGAAUGGGCGGCGCCUUAUCAGAUCUUCAUGCCAAAACACAAGGGAUGUAUUCUGGUGGAGGCCUGGCCCCUGGUGGAGGCCUGGAGCUCGGCCCCAUGAUGGGAGGGAUGAAGGACACAGGAGGACAGCAGUCCCGCUACAAAUGGAUGAUGGAGGGACACUCGCCUGCUCCAUCCCCCCCCGACGCAGCUCUUCACAAGAAUGGUCCUUUACCCAGUGGUAUGAAGGUGAGAGGAGGAUCCCCUUACUCCCAGUAUGAGAUGCUGGGCAGCGAUGGAAUGGGGAUUCCCCCUCAAGGCUCUGCAGACAACUGGCACCGGACCCCUGGGAGUAAAAUGGGGAAUAAACCUGCCACAUCCAGCUGGCCUCCAGAGUUCCAGCCCGGUGUACCCUGGAAGGGAAUCCAGAGCAGUGGAGACCCAGACUCUGACCCCUACAUGACCCCCGGGAGUGUCCUAGGCUCCCCGGGACCCCCGAGCCUCAAUGACUCUGACCACCAGUUACUGCGAGACAACAUAGGGCCAAACCCCUCCCUCAACACCUCGCUGCCUUCACCUGGUGCCUGGCCCUACAGUGCCUCAGACAGCCCCCUCAGCAAUGCACACAGCACAGGAAAGUACUCGGAGUACAAGCCCAGCUGGCCCCCAGAGCCCAUCGGACAAAACAAGAUGUGGAAGACCAAUCGCAACAGCUCACAGCUGCCACGCCCCCCUCCUGGCUUAGCCAAUCAGAAGCAGGCCUCGCCCUCCCCGUGGGGCAGCGGAGGCCCGCGGAUGGCUCGCAACUGGGCAGGGAGCGGGAUUAAUCAAGAGUCGAGAUAUGGCCCAGGCUCCACUUGGAGCGAUGGUGUUACCCCCAGAGGAAGCUGCUGGUUGCUGCUGAGCAACCUCACCCCUCAGAUUGACGGCUCCACGCUGAGGACGAUCUGCAUGCAGCACGGCCCGCUGCUCACCUUCCACCUCGGCCUGACACAUGGCAGCGCUCUGAUUCGCUACAGCACCCGGCAGGAAGCAGCCAAGGCCCAGGGUGCACUGCACAUGUGUGUCCUGGGCAACACCACGAUCCUGGCGGAGUUUGUGAGCGAGGAGGAAGUUGCUCGCUAUUUUGCACAUUCCCAGGCGGGAGGGUCUGAGGGGUCUGGCUCCGGAGGGUCAGCGGCACCAGGCGGGUCGCAGGGUUCUCCUGGACCGGGCCCUGCAGCGGCCAGCGGGGGGGGCAGCUCCCCGGGGAGUGAGCGGGCAGCGACGGGCACAACUCCAGGUGGAAACGGGAAUGGUGGUGGAGGAGGAGGAGGAGGAGGAGAUGGUGGAGCGGCGGCUCUGGCUGGGGGGAGGUCCUCUGGCUCCGCUUGGCAGAGUCUCGACGGUACAAGUUCAUCAGAAGCUUCGUCAGCCCAAGGACCCGGGCCCGGGCUGGGUGUUUUCUCCCAGUGGAGCCACAACGGGGAGGGAGGGGGAGGCGUCGGGGGGGUGGACUCUGCCAGGUCUGGGCUGUGGGGGGGCAUGACUGCAGGAUACCCCAGCAGCAGCAGCAGCAGCAGCAGCAGCAUGUGGGGGGCCCCGCAAAUGGAGGAAAGGCACCAAAUGGACAGCCCUGCCGCCUUGUUGCCUGGCGACCUGCUGGGGGGAGGAGCUGACUCCAUCUGACGAGCCCCCCCCCCCUCUAUUUGUAGGUGUAGGUUUGGACACACUGAUACAAAAAAUACACUGGGAUACAUAUGUACUUACUAUAGCACACACACAUGGUAUGCAUAUUAAUGUAAUACACAUAUACACACAUGUGCGUACAUAUACACGGUAUGCAUAUAAAUGUGCACACACAUCAAGCAGAAAUGUGAGACAUGCUUACACACAUUCUCGUGGCCAGACUUAAGCUAUUAUAUAAACAAAUGCAGGGACUGUUAGAUGUGUAUACAGCCUUUUUUUCCACAGAUGAAGAUUUCAACUGCUUAGACUUGAAACCUGAAAAAAAAAAGAAAAAAGAAUGAGAAGUCUCAAAGACUUGACUGGAUUGCAAUGUGCUUAGUAAACAGGGGACUUUUCAAAACAGAUUUACAUACACAUGCACACACCAAAUACAGACGAGCCUUCAGACAGAUGGGCACUGUAAACAGCAUUACCUUCAUCGUAUAAAAACUACUACAUGAUGUGAGGUUAAAGUGCAUUUUGUAUUCACGUCCCCUUAAAAGCGGAGACCGAAUCCACAUGCAAACGGCUCUGAUUGAAAACAGAACUGUAUCUUACUGUGUAUGUUUUUCUUUUGUUUGUAUGUAUGGUUUCAAUUUAUUUUUUUUGAACAGUGAAAAUAUUGAAAAUGUGUCAUUGUUCUGUUUUCAAAAUGCUGACCUCCUACUGUUGUAUCUCACGCACUCUUUCUCUGUUAUUCUCUCUGAAACAUGUUUGUUACUGUUGCAGUGAUAAAUGUUAAAUUGCUGGCAGUUUGAGGCUAUGUCGCAUUUCUCCAUGUGUCGUAUACACACUAUAUGGACACGAGUAUGAGUGAGACUGAGACCAAGUAUGUGGAUUAAAACCACAGUUGUGUAUGUGAGGAUAGUGUGUGUGUGUGUGUGUGUGUAUGCAUGUUACUGCCUGUCAUAAUGUGGGCAAGGCUGCUUACUAUACAGAAGGUCUAUACAAAAAUGUUUUUGAGUGCAUUCGGUAUACUGCUGACUGUGUGUUAAGAAAUAUUGGCACUAAUGCUUAAUUUUUUUUCUUCUCUCAUUUGAAGUUGUUUUUUUUAGUCUUUUUUAUUGUCCGACCUGCAAUAAUAAAAAAGAAAAAUUUUAAUGACACAAAGAGCUGAAGGCAUACGCGUUGAGUAAAUGGACAUGCCAAAUCUUAUCAAACUGUGUGGAGGGAAAGGGCGGGGGGCGGGGGGGGGGGGGAUGUUUACAGAUGCAGAGUAAGAGUUACCGUACGUUUUUCAAUGUUCUGUUGUUGUGUAUUCGUUUUAAAUUAAGACAGGCUUUAACACUCCUGUUCAGUGUUUUCGUUAAGAGAUUUUACAAAGGAAAAAUUUAUUUAAACAUGAGAACAAGAUUAAUAAAGAUGAAAGUAUUGGCUUCUAA